AUGGCCACCAAGUCGCUGACCCACAACGGCGUCCUGCCCCCCUCGGCCUUCCCCGUCACCCUGGCCGUCGGCACCCUGGCCCUCGGGAUGCUAGGAAUUAUGGGAGAAGCGUUUCGGAGAGUCAUAGGAAUUCUUUAUCUCUCGGAUGACGAACAGCUUGUAAAAAUAUCUCAUUUGUCGUUCUUCGGCAGGCGAAUUGACGUCGUUCUGCCCAUCCAGGACAUCGUUCCGCUGUCCGACAGUGGCGAGCGGGUGUCUGACGCGUUUUUCGUGCUGUCGCUGCGGUUCGGUGGGGUAGUGGAUGCCAGUGGCUUUGAAAAGGUGUUUGGGAAGUGUUUGGAGUGA